UCUUCCUGGGCGGAGCUGCGCAUUCACGCCCCAUUGCUCGGCGGCUCCCGGGAACUACAGCCGGCGGCGGCCGCUGCCCGACCGCGGCGAUGGCGGCUCCCUUAGUGCUCGCGGUGCUGGUGGCCGUGACGGUUCGGGCCGCGCUCUACCGUUCCAGCCUCGCCGCCUUCAUCUCCGAGCGGGUGGAGGUGGCGACCCCGCUCAACGCCUGGAAGCGAGUGGUGGAAGGAUUAGCGCUGCUGGAUUUAGGGGUCUCGCCAUAUUCUGGAGCUGUUUUUCAUGAGACCCCGCUGAUAAUUUAUCUCUUCCACUUCCUGAUUGAAUACGCUGAGCUGGUGUUCAUGAUCACUGAUGUUCUAACUGCUGUAGCUCUUUACUUGGCCAUCCAGGACUACAACAAAGUUGUGUUCAAAAAGCAGAAGCUCCUGAUAGAACUGGAUAAAUACGCGCCAGAUGUGGCUGAACUCAUCCGAACGCCCAUGGAGAUGCACUACAUCCCCCUCAAGGUAGCACUGUUCUACCUGUUAAACCCCUACACUGUGAUGUCUUGUGUGGCCAAGUCCACCUGCGCCAUCAACAAUAGUGUCAUUGCAUUCUUCAUUUUAGCUACAAUAAAAGGUAGUGCCUUCCUCAGUGCUGUGUUCCUGGCCUUAGCAACAUACCAAUCUGUCUACCCUCUCACGCUGUUUGCUCCAGCACUCCUUUACCUUCUGCAGCGUCAGUUCAUACCAAUAAAACUGAAAAGUAAAAGCUUCUGGCUUUACACCGUGCAGUAUGCAGCCCUGUACCUGUGCAGCCUGGUGGUGAUCAUCUGCCUCUCCUUCUUCCUCCUCAACUCCUGGGAUUUUAUCCCAUCUGUGUACGGGUUUAUCCUUUCCGUUCCAGAUCUGACCCCCAAUAUUGGCCUUUUCUGGUACUUCUUUGCAGAGAUGUUUGAACACUUUAGUCUUUUCUUCGUGUGUGUGUUUCAAAUCAAUGUGUUCUUCUAUACCAUCCCCUUGGCCAUAAAACUCAAGGAACACCCUGUGUUCUUCAUGUUUGUCCAGCUUGCAAUCAUUUCCAUCUUCAAGUCCUAUCCCACCGUGGGAGACAUUGCCCUGUACAUGGCCUUCCUUCCAGUCUGGAGCCACCUUUACAGAUUUCUCCGGAACAUCUUCAUCCUGUCCUGUGUGCUCAUUGUCUGCUCCGUCCUGUUCCCUGUUCUGUGGCAUCUGUGGAUUUACGCAGGAAGUGCCAACUCCAAUUUUUACUACGCCAUCACGUUGACUUUCAAUGUAGGACAGAUCCUACUUGUCUCGGAUUAUUUCUAUGCCUUCCUCCGGCGAGAGUACUACCUCAUUCACGGACUCCACUUGAUGAGGCAAGAUGGGACAGAGGCCAUGCUUGUUUUGAAAUAAGGAUUGUGCCCACCAUUCCUGGGGACAUGGACCACUCUAAGGAAGGUUCUCUGAAUAAGGCCUGACUUUGGGAAUGACACCUGCUGAAAGAAAGGGCUGCAAUUCUUCUGGGAAUACCCUCAUGAGGGAGUUCAGAGACUCAGAGCUGCAAGUAGGAGCUGCAAUGCCUCUGUUGGAGCAUCUCCCUCCUUCUCUCAGCCAUGCUUUUCACCGUGACUUCAGCCAUCAACGUCGGGGCAGUCCGUCAGGAACUGGAGAAAGUGUCUGAGUGGAAUCUCUGAUCCAGAAAGAGCUUAGACCACAAGCUGUCUAAUUUAAUCACUGCUUCUUGGAGAUGUUUGCUUCUUCCAGGAAUUUUCCCCUCACUGCCUUGACCAGUAAUGUUCCCGCCUGGCACGAGACGGGCUCUAGGUGCCUCAGCCUGGGAUGCAGAUGCCAUUUCUUGCUUCUACUGUUGUGGGAUAUGGAAAAUUCAUGUGCUUGGGUAUAGCAGGUGCUUGGGAAAUGAAUCAUGACUGAGGAUGAAUGACCUGUUGGAAGGAGGACAAGCUGAAGCUGCUACCACAGGAAUAAUCCUGGAGCUCACACAUAAGAACUGGAACUGGAGUGAUAGCAGGAGCGUGGUGGUACCGGGUAACUGCUGUAUCCUAGAGAAGCAACACAGCAGCUUCCAUGUCAGGAGCUGCGUUGCAGAGUCUCAGAAGAAGGAACAUUACUGUGGAGAUAGAUUCCCGCUACCCCUGGUUAUUGUAGGGUGACAAAGCUCGGCAGUGCAGGGCUUGUGCUGUACUGCUGUGAUUGCUGGGAUGUGAAAUGGGCCUGUGUUAGGGAUCAGGAGGUGUUCAAAUCUCCCCUUUGAGGCCCUUCACCAUAUCCUGAAGGAGCCUCAGCCACUGCUGUUGUGGAGCUGUGGGGCUCCUGGUGCUCCACAGCCACUGGAUAUGCACUUCCCAGUGUUACCCUCUUGCAAGGACAGUGAUGGUACCUCGUGUCUGUGUGCAGAGCACGCAGGUAAAGCUGCUGCCACUGCUGCCACUGCAAAUGGGACCUGCUGGGGCGAAGCCACCUGGCCACCUUGUCGCUCUGCUGCUCGCGUGGUGGCAGAGAAGUUGUAAACGCAGUGUGAGAGCUUCUCGUGUGCCAGGCCAGCAGGCAGCUUCCCCACAGCCCAGGACAAGUCCAAAGGGCUGGGAAUGUCACAGAUCCAAACCAACUGUACCUGGUACCAAGCAGCCGUGAGGGCGCUGUACCCAGGCGGUUGUGUCAGCCACUCUUCUUUCUAGACAGUGAAAACUUUUGCCUUACUGCACUGCUAUCAGCGCUUUGGUGGGGGAGUGACCCCAGCCCGGCUCAGCCCCUGCACUUGGCCGCAGCCUG